GCGCGCAAAAUCCACGGCUAAGAGAAAGCGCGCGCGCUCCCGCGCUCCUCCGCUCCAAGGGCGCGCGUGUCGGUUCGAGCGAAAGGGCAACGCGCGCUGUGCUCUAUCUCCAGGUCUAUCUUCAGCUCUAUCUCCAGCUCUAUCUCCAGCGCAUUCAAUGAUCGUCUUUCCACCAAAAUAUGGCACGUUACUGCUUCUAGCAUUUACAGGACAGGACAAUGGAAAGACUGACGCGCAGCGAGCGUGGAGAAGCAGCGGGGAUGAACUGAACUCGAGGGCGAGGAAAACUUGACCGUGUGUGUGGCUGUGAAAAGAGGAGCAUAAGUGAGUGCGUAAAGGCGUUUUGUAUACCGCUCAUCCUCACCUACAGUGGGAUUACACACCGAAAUCCGAUUACACCUAAACAAACAUAUCCAUACACCCAGUUCCUCCAUUCCUGGAUUAUGAAAUUUUAUUAAGUCUGAAAUUAAGCGCGGGUUUGGAUAUGGAUACGGUGAAAGAACGAGUUUUAGCCCCCGGUAAAACGGGAUUGAAGAACCUGGCGGGGAAGACCCUGGCACAUAUGCAAAGAGUUAUAGAGAAGAAGCAGAAAACGGGUGAAGUGAUCGAGCUGACGGAAGAUGGCCGCCCCAAAGCGAUCAGAGAGAGGAAAGCGCCUCUGCUUGACUGCGCGUGCUUCGGGCUGCCUCGUCGUUACAUCAUCGCCAUCAUGAGCGGCCUUGGCUUCUGCAUCUCCUUUGGAAUCCGUUGCAACCUCGGCGUCGCGAUCGUGGACAUGGUCAACAACAGCACCGUACACCAGGGUGGCAAGAUCAUCAUCAAAGAGAAAGCGAAGUUUAAUUGGGAUCCGGAGACGGUGGGGAUGAUCCACGGCUCGUUCUUCUGGGGUUACAUCGUAACACAGAUCCCGGGAGGGUACAUCUCCUCCAGACUGGCAGCAAACAGGGUGUUCGGUGCCGCCAUCCUGUUGACGUCAACACUCAACAUGUUCAUUCCGUCGGCGGCGCGCGUGCACUACGGCUGCGUGAUAUUUGUGAGGAUAUUGCAGGGCUUGGUGGAGGGUGUGACCUAUCCAGCAUGCCAUGGUAUCUGGAGCAAGUGGGCUCCACCAUUAGAGAGAAGUCGCUUGGCAACCACUUCUUUCUGUGGUUCCUAUGCUGGUGCUGUUGUGGCCAUGCCUCUGGCUGGGAUCCUUGUGCAGUAUUCAGGCUGGUCAUCUGUCUUCUAUAUUUAUGGGAGUUUUGGUAUUGUCUGGUAUGUAUUCUGGGUCCUGGUGGCUUAUGAGAGCCCAGCAGAACACCCCACUAUUACAGAUGAAGAGCGGCUUUACAUAGAGGAGAGCAUUGGAGAAGGGGCUCAUCUGCUUGGGGCAAAUGAAAAAUUUAAGACACCGUGGAGGAAGUUCUUUACUUCAAUGCCUGUCUAUGCAAUUAUUGUGGCCAACUUCUGCAGGAGCUGGACGUUCUACCUGCUACUCAUUAGCCAGCCGGCAUACUUUGAGGAGGUGUUUGGUUUUGAGAUCAGUAAAGUUGGCAUGGUAUCUGCUUUGCCUCACUUAGUCAUGACCAUCAUUGUGCCCAUAGGAGGCCAACUUGCUGACUUUCUACGAAGCAAUAAUAUCAUGUCCACCACUAAUGUCCGGAAAAUAAUGAAUUGUGGAGGGUUUGGGAUGGAGGCAACAUUGUUGUUGGUAGUUGGUUUCUCCCACAGUAAAGGUGUAGCCAUCUCAUUUCUGGUACUAGCAGUGGGUUUCAGUGGCUUUGCUAUAUCCGGUUUUAAUGUGAACCACCUGGACAUUGCACCCAGGUAUGCCAGCAUACUGAUGGGCAUCUCUAAUGGAGUUGGCACACUUUCUGGAAUGGUCUGCCCUCUUAUAGUGGGUGCCAUGACAAAAAACAAGACCCGGGAAGAAUGGCAAAACGUCUUCCUGAUUGCCUCCUUGGUCCAUUAUGGUGGGGUGGUGUUCUAUGGGAUCUUUGCUUCAGGUGAGAAGCAGCCAUGGGCAGACCCAGAAGAAACCAGUGAUGAGAAGUGUGGCUUCAUUGAUGAGGAUGAGCUCGCCGAAGAGACCGGUGACAUUACACUCAGUCAUGCUCCAUUUGGAGCCCAAGGAGCCUUUGGGGCUCCCGCAAAAUCAUAUGGGGCCACGACUCAGCUGAAUGGGGGAUGGGCAGGAGGUUGGGAGAAAAAGGAGGAGUUCAUCCAGGAGGGAGCUAUGCAGGUCUACCCUCAGGAUAGAGACGGAUACUCAUAGAACACAGGGGCUGGUUUUAUGAAGGAAGGUCACUUUAGUUGUAAAAUCAUAAAAUAAAAUAAAAAAUGUGGUGACUGAACUAAAAUGUACCAGCAUACUGUAAAUGCAUCUGCAUGGAUGCCCCAGAUAACAAAUAAUAGUUUGACCAGACAUAUUCAGAAAUUAUUACAUGGGAGGUAGAGAAGAUUAAACACAGAUUAUAUCUAGAAAUACUUUAUAACUACAAAUAGAAAAGUAUUUAUGUAAUGAAACCUAUACUUUUUACUUAUCAAAUCCUAAAAUGAAAAUACAAUUUCUUUAGCAACAUAGUACAAACAAUAGUACAAGUCAGAAUAAGGUAAAAUAUUUAGAAGUGAAACUUAAAUAACAUCCACUUUAAUAAGUUCAAUUAAUUAUACAUGACGUACUAUAUACUAUUAAACAUGAUACGAUUUAGAGAUGGUUAUUUCAUAGCUAAGCCUGCCCUAUUUUGCUGUAUGCACAUCAUUACUAAGGUCCGUCUAUUGCACAUUGAGUCAGCAUCCGUCCAUCAGUCUAAAAGGACAUUUUAAGGACCACAAUAGGUCACGGACAAUUCAUGGUACAGCAGUGACUUCUUACUGUUCCCUUUUUGAUGAAUCUUACAUCAAAAAACAUCUUACAGAAUUUUAAGCUCUAUAACCCCACAAAAUAAAAUAAACUAUACAUGUUAUUGCAGUUAGACAAAAUAGGUUUAUUUUAUUUUAGGUUGAUUCGGUUUGCUUAAUUAAUACAUAAAUUAAAGACCUGAAUAGCACAGUUUACUUGGUUCAUGCUGACCUGAUGAACAUUAUUGCCAUCUGAGGACUUUCAGUCUCAGGUAUACAGAGCACUUUUGAUGUGGGAAACAAUAGGUUGCCUUGACAUUUACAUUUACAAUACACUUUUAACUACUUUUCUUAUUUAGCACCAACAUGUAAAGGCAAAAGAUAAAAGAUAAUGCCUGAUAUUUAUCUAAAACAACAUUUAAUAAAUACAAAAGAGAAUAUAGUAGUAAAGUAUAUGGUAUAUAACUUGCAAAACAAAAAAACAUAUGUACCUUAAUAUAUUGUGAUUCAAAGGUGUAAUUUAUGUCAUGGAGCUUUUCAUGUGAAGAGUUGUGUCUGACAGUUCUGUUGUUUACAUUAGUGCAAUCUCGUAUCCAUCAUGGCACAAAAAUCAUUCUACAGAACUACAUUUACUUUACAUAUGCACUACAUCAGCAGUGUGUUGUAACAGUCCUGUAUCACAAUUACAGGUCGUACUUUAUCUAAUAUUGAGCCAGUGUUUAAGACACAUAUUCUACCAUGCACCAUAAAGGCACAAUAUGCCAAUUUCACGUGAACCUUGAAUGCACUGACAAGUAUUUCUUUAAAAAAAAAAAUUGUGGUUUCAUUCCUUGUCUGUGUGUUUAUAUAGAUCUGCUGUUUCUGUGAGACUGUUGUGAAAUUGGUUUGGUAAUCUGUAUGCUAAUUGUUAUACAAAGGCCAUAUUUUUUAAUAGACAGCACCAUAUCAAAGAGCUGUUCAUUUAUAAAGUGUAUUGAGAUGUCAAAUGGUGCAUGCUAUAUGUGUUGUCCAACUUGAAUGUGUGGAAAGCAUCACCUUCUGUUGAAACUUUCAACAAAAUACAUCUGUGGUUGUAGUGUUUUCAACUUCCAUUCAACUUGUGAUUUAUUUUGCUAGACUUUGUAACAAAUGAUGGGCUUCUCAUCUAAUAUAUUUACUUGAUAUGCUACCAAGCAUGGGUUCGAGAUUUACACGUGACUACCUGAAUUGUUUGAAGGGGGGUGAAUAAGAUGCAUUGCAAUAACUUUUUAAAUAGCUAUCAUAAAUAAUUUACUAUUAGUCAUAUUAGUUGUUUUUGAAGUGAUGUAAGUAAAGAGUCAUGUGGAUUUUAAAGGAAUGGCUUAAAUCUAGCUUGCUACCUUCAGGGGUAUAAUGCUAUAAUAUCAUUCAACAUUGUGUGCAGUUGGGACAUGAGCCAUGAUUUCACUCCUCUCUAAAAUGGACUGCCUAACUGGUCCAUUGGGUGGCACUAUGAAAUAAAUAACCAAAGCCCUAUAUAAUAUAUGGAAAGGAUUAUGUCAAAUAUUUAUUCAGAGAUAUUCAGAGAACUAUAUCACAGAUAGAGAAUACAAACUUAUACUGAAGUCCUUAUUUACGAAUAACAUGCAAAUGUUCUUAUCUUCUGGUGUGUCGAAGAGUGAUGGAUUAAUGGCAAAAAGUGUUAUACUGCACUGUAAAAUUGUUCUUUUUCAUUGUAUAUAAAAUUUGCCAAAACAUCCCAAA